GUACAACACAGUGAAACGCGAAUGGACGCCAAUGGAAGCCCGCGGGGAAAUACCCGCUUCUAGAUUCGCGCAUUCGUCUAUCAUUUAUGGCAACGAGAUCGUUGUCUAUGGCGGAGUGGUCGCCUCCGACGAACCUGAUAGAGGCGGUGGCCUUGCCGGCGUGGAAGGGCGUGGGGGUGAGGUGACGAACGAGGUCUGGCGCGGGAUGAUCGACGCAACAUCGAUCCAAUGGCGGAAUGUCACACCAACCACUUGUUCCCCGCAUUAUCGCCCACCCCUGGGACACUGUGGUGGUUUAAACCUCUCUGGCCAUACAUCUGUUUUAGUACAUCUGGGUAAAACCAAGAAACCGGUUAUGCUCGUAUUCUUUGGUCAUUCGCCACACUAUGGUUAUAUGCAUUUAGUGCAGGAGUUCUACAUAGACGAGAGUGUCUGGUCCGUAUCGAACACGCGCGGUUGGUCUGCGCGGGCGGGGUUCGGCCACACUGCCGUGUUCGACGAACUCUCGCGCAAAGUGUACGUACACGCCGGCCUCGUAUCGGAGUCCGAGGCUACACAGGCGCCGUCCGCGGCUCUAUACGAAUACGAAAUCGAGACGCGUAUAUGGAGGCCGCUGCCCUCCGCGCCGACGCCUAGAUACUUACAUUCCGCUGUUUUUAUAUCACCAGGUGUACUGCUAGUGUACGGUGGUAACUCACACAACGACAGUGCAGUUGCCUCUGUUUCAAAUCCCGCUACAGCUAAGUGCUUCUCCGGGGCUGCUCUAUUGUAUGAUGUCAGAUGCCAACAGUGGAUGUCCGCUCCUUUUGGCCCCGUAUCAGCCAGAAUUGGCAGUGCAGCGGCUCUUUUGCCGCUGCAGAGCCGACGGACCGCCCUCAUAUAUGCUGGGUUUGACGGUAGACUCCGUUCCGACGCCCUAUCGUUGACUGUAGGAGACAAGUGCUCAUCACGUUCGGACGAAGCCGCGUGCUUGAACACAGCUCAGUACGGAACGUCGUGCGUAUGGAAGCAGGACAGAUGCGUAGCCAUCGAAGAAAUCGGUUGGAAAGAUUCGUUUGACAGUUCCGUGAAGGCUUGCGUUUCUCCACCGGUUUUUGAGGAACGACGCUGCGCAACGGCCGAGUACUGCGAAGCUUGUGCGGCUGCUAACUGCGCAUGGUGCGGCGCUUGUAUGCCGUCAUCGCAUCAUUGCGUCAGACAUUCGCACCAGAUAGCGGUAACGGUAGAAGAGUGCGGGGCUAGUGGUGUUGGCGGCGAAAUCUGUGGGCGUUACCACUCCUGCGCAGCCUGUCAUGCGCAUCUACAUAGACAUCCACACGGAUCUGAGGAAUUGAGCCAACGCGCUUGCUAUUGGGACUACGAUUCCGUAAAAUGUCGUCCGGCUAAUACUACCACGGAUAUGAGAAGCGUAGCGACUACUGGCGGUGGUUGUAACGCAGCGUGCGCGACACUGACAACUUGCGCGAAUUGUACUGCUGAGGAGUGUAUAUGGUGUGCAUCGACGGGAAGAUGCGUUGAUAAGAACGCAUAUGGAGCAUCGUUUCCGUUGGGCGGGUGCCGUGCGUGGUCCACCAACGGGUGCGGAUCUUCAAGCCACGUAACGGGAUGUGGCGCGCACGUAUCCUGUGCGUCGUGUCGCGCGGAGCCAGCGUGCGGGUGGUGUGAUGAUGGGGCUGGUGGGGGCCGCGGUACUUGUUUACCUGGGGGAGAACGUCGACCGCACCAUCCACACGUUUGUCCCCACAGACGGUGGCACUUCACACGUUGUCCAGCGUGCCAGUGCAACGGUCACGCUAUAUGUGACAGUCAGAAUCGCUGUAUACAGCCAUGUGCGGCGCGCGCUAUUGGAGAUCACUGUGAGAUGUGUGCGCCCGCGCAUUGGGGCUCGCCGCUCAAUGGUGGAGUUUGUCAACCGUGCGAAUGCAACGCGCAGGCGGUGUCAUGCGCGGCCGAUACCGGCAGGUGCUAUUGCAGCACGAAAGGGUUGGCCGGGGACCGGUGCGAGAAGUGUGACAACACCAACCACUACCACGCUGAUUUGUAUAAUAAGGGGUGUUAUUAUGAUCUAGCAGUCGACUACCAAUUCACGUUCAACCUAUCGAAAAAGGAAGACCGCCAUCUAUCUGCGAUCAACUUUCGGAAUGCGCCCGUUAAACCCGAUGUGGAUGCGGACUUUAGUAUAACGUGCUCUGCGCACGCGCGUAUGAAUCUCACUGUGCGCACGAGGACUGAUCCCGCUGAGAGGACGCUGUUCAGUGACGUCAAUUGUACUAACUUUAGAUAUAAGCCAUUCCAAUACAGGUUCGCGAAGUCGGAGCACGCGUUCGGCGUCGAAGACAACGUGACGUUGACAACGUUCUUCGUCUACGUUUACGACUUCCGCCCGCCGUUGUGGAUUCAAAUAUCCUUUUCGCAGUACCCCAAACUGAAUCUGCAGCAGUUCUUUAUCACGUUCUCGUCGUGUUUCCUGCUGUUGCUGCUGGUUGCCGCUGCUUUGUGGAAGAUAAAGCAGAAAUACGAUUUGUAUAGAAGAAGGCAGCGGUUAUUUGUUGAAAUGGAGCAAAUGGCUUCGCGGCCUUUCAGCCAAGUGUGCGUUGAACUUGAGAGGGGUGGAAGCGGCGCAGGCGUCCCCGCACCCGUUGCACUAGAGCCCUGUAAAUGGGGUCGCGCUGCAGUGCUGUCCCUCCUCGUAAGGUUACCGACCGGAGGGACAGGUCGGGCACCGCCCCUCGGCGGUCUGGCUGUUGCCUCCGCGCUAGUCACCCUCGGGCAUCAUCAUCAUGAAAGAGCUGAUAGACCCAGGAAUCACAACCAGUGUAAAUAA